AUGGAGACUGUGAUAGACAUCAGUGGAUGUGCUAAGGAAGACAUAGUGAAGUUUGUGUCUCAAUCAUUCAAGGGCGAUGCCCUCACUUGGUGGAAAGCAUUAGUGCAAUCCACCGGAAAGGUUCCUUUGUAUAACCUCUCCUGGAACAAGUUUGUUGAUCUUGUGAAGGACACUUACUGUCCUCAACAUGAAGUCGAGAGGAUAGAGACUGACUUCCUCAUCUUGGUAAUGAAGGAUCUGGAUUGUAGGUCCUAUGUGACCAGUUUCAACUCGAUGUCGAGGCUUGUACCAUACUUGGUCACUCCUGAACCCAAACGCAUUGCGCGUUUCAUCGGUGGUCUAGCCCCCGAAGUGAAAGGAAAUGUUAAGGCUUCUAAGACUACUAUAUAUAGAUCCGAUGUGGAUCUAUCUUUGUCCCUUACUCUAGAUGUUGUGAGGAGUAGGGCAAAGAAAGCUACCGAUGAUGUGAAGAGGAAGAGGGAGGAAGACAAGUUUCCUCAAUCAAACAAGAAGGGUAAAGGGAACUUUGGUUCCAAGAAGGGGCAGUCAAGUGACAAGCCCAUGUGCAAAACCUACAACAAAAGGCACUUUGGAAAGUGUAACCAAGACCCACAAGCCAAACCAUGUGGGAUUUGCAAAAAGAAAGGGCAUAAGUCUGUGGGUUGCCAGAACAUCAAGGACGCAACCUGUUACGGUUGUAAUGAAAAGGGGCACAUCAAGACCAAUUGCCCCAAGAAUGCUAAGAAGCUCGAGGAGGCGAAGAAAAUGAAUGCGAGAGUUUUUCAGAUGAAUGCUAGGGAAGCCAUGAACGACGAGAAUGUCAUAACAGCCCAAAUUGCCUGUGAUAAAAAUCUAAUUAUUAUCAAAACCCCUUCUGGUGAAUCCGUCACUAUUCAAGGAGAUACACAAUAUGGGUUGCCCAACAAUGUGUCUAUUCUCAAGGUAUCGCAGUGUUUAAAGAGCGGAUGUGUCAUCUACAUGGCACAAGUGACUGUGAAUGACCCAAAGCCUAAGAUUGAAGACAUUCCAAUCAUCUCUGAGUAUCCUGAUGUUUUUCCUGACGAGUUACCUGGAUUACCUCCUGAGAGGCAAGUAGAGUUCAGGAUAGACAUUCUGCCAGGAUCUGCACCUAUUGCACGAGCUCCUUAUCGUCUAGCGCCUACUGAAAUGAAAGAGCUCAGGACUCAAUUAGACGACUUACUGGAAAAAGGUUUCAUUCAACCCAGCUCUUCGCCUUGGGGAGCUCUAAUAUUGUUUGUGAAGUGCGCUUACGCAUUGAUUAUCACGAAUUAA